AUGUGCGAUUUUGGAAAUCCUGAGGUCCUAGACGAGCUCGCUUCCGCCUCCACGCCCGCCGCGCCCGCUCCGCCAAGUCCUCCAGUGCCCUCGCCGGGCAGCCUCGACAGCAACAAUAUCAACAGCCAUUACAACCGUCACAGUCAUCACAGCCAUCGCAAUCAUCAGAACCACCACAACCAUCACAAUGGCCACGCGUCCAACACCACUACCAACGGCAACGGCCACGCAUCCACCGCCACCACCAACGGCAACGGGAUCAACGGAUCACAUACAUCUCCGCGCAGGCCUUCGCCCAUUCCUCCACCGCCCGUCUCCUCACCAUCUGUCGCAGGAUCGCUACACAACUCUGCCCCUCAAAGCGUUCGCGGCGGACCAACGCUCUCGACCUCGUCACCUUCCACCCGUCCCGUCGAUCGCAUGCUUGAGCUUCGCCUCUGGCACCAUUUCACCACGAGCACCUACAGAACUCUUCUUCACAACGUACCCGCUGCCGAUGACAUCUGGAAGUUUGAAGUCCCUAAACUCGCCUUCGGUGGUAAAACCUACCUUGCGGACGCAAUCCUCUCGGUCUCAGCCCUGCACCUGCGCUCCCUUAAUCCCGACGACAAGAACCUCGCCCAGGCCUCCCAUGCCUACUCUGCCUCUGCCCUCGCUGAUUACUGCGCUUCGCUCGCCAGUGGCAUCCAGGGCGAAAACGCAGAAGCCCUAUUUCUGACGGCCUGUCUCAUUGCUUUUCAAGCCACAGCCUCUCGCAUCUUCAUCAAAGACGAUGGUGAUAUGACUCCCAGCAGUGGCAAAAAUUCCUCUCGAUAUCCUCUACCAACAGCCUGGUUCCAUGCCUUUCAAGGUGUAAAGACCGUUGUCGCAACAUCGUGGCAGUGGAUCUUCAACAGUCCUACCGUUCUCGCCGUCAUCAACUCCCAGCCUAGUUUUCAACUGGACAUGAAUCCUCUAGGUUCCACUUCAUUCUUCGGUCAUCUUCUUGACGGUGUUGAGGAGGAAAUCUCUUCAGAAGAUCCCCAGAUGAAUUUGCUCUCCCAGCAGGGGUACGUUCACGCUGUAUCUGUUCUCAACUGGGCACACCAGAACCCUUAUCCACCAGCAACCCUCGCAUUCCCGGCCGCCGUUUCCAAACGAUUCGUCCAGCUCGUCGAGGCUAAGCGCCCACGCGCCUUGGCCAUUGUAGCGUGUUUCUUUGCGUUGUUGAAGCGCAUGGAUAAUGUCUGGUGGCUUGGAGACGUCUCGCGACGCGAGGUCAUGGGCCUCGUCAGCCUGUUUGAGCCCGGCUCGGGCUGGUGGCGCCAUCUCGAGUGGCCUAUCCGCAUCGCGCUUUGGGACGGCGACGCCAAUGGCAUUCCCGCCUCCGUGUGGGGAGCCGAGUGCGAGGAGGCGCCCACGGGCGAAUACGGUCUGGUCGAUACGAUGAAGAAUCAUGUCGAGCUGCUGGCGCGUAUGAGCCACGCCAUACCGGAUUCACCGACAGCAGACUUGACGGACAUAACAGGGGAGCUGGGCUUCACUGCUGUGCCUUUGGAUUGA